AUGGAUUCAAAGCGACCAGCAGAUCACAAGUUGACGCCUUACCGAUCUGAACAAGCUGAAGUUGAAGAAGGCACAAUUACUGUCAACACUUCUGGUCACGCACAAGAGCUCGAACGCAACUUCAGCAUUGUGUCAAUAUGCGCUGUAGGCAUCGUCACAGGCAACACAUGGUGCGCUCUCGGUGGUAGUAUUGUCGUCGCUCUGUACAACGGAGGUCCGACGGGAGUCAUUUUUGAGUUCCUCGCAGUCAGCGUAUUCUACUGGAUGGUGGGUGCUUGCAUAGCCGAAUUGGCAAGUGCUAUCCCAUCAUCUUCAGGCGUCUACCAUUGGGCCACAGCCACAUCACCAGCUCGGUGCUCGAAGUUUGUCGGCUUCUUAGCAGGGUGGUGGAACGUGUUGGCCUGGAUAUUUGGAUCAGCGUCGAUGUCGUCCAUCCUAGCAAACGAAGUCUUGGCCAUGUGGCAACUAUUCCACCCCGAAUACAUCAACGAGCGUUGGCAUGUCUUUGUCGUGUACAUGAUCAUCUCCUGGUCAUGUUGUGGUGUCGUACUGUUCGCGAACAGAGCUCUGCCGAUGGUCAAUAACGUUGGUCUCUUUCUGACGUUGGGUGGUUGCUUCCUUACGAUCUUGGUUUGCGCCAUCAUGCCUACUACCACUGGAUCUGGGCAUGCGACUGCAGCGGCUGUCUGGUCCUCUUGGUCUAACGACACUGGCUACAAGUCCAAUGGUCUGGUCUUUGUUACGGGAAUGCUCAACGGCGCUUUCAGCGUAGGCACACCCGACUGCGUGUCGCACCUCGCGGAAGAAAUUCCCCACGCAUCUCGCAACGUACCCAAGGCCAUUGCUGCACAACUGGCUGUCGGCUUCGUCACAGGCUUCUUCUAUCUCAUCGCAAUCUUCUACAGCAUCAACGACAUUGAUGCCUUGAUGAACAACCCCUACACCAAUCCUCUAGCUGAGCUUUACAGACAAGCCACCGGGUCAAGAGCUGGGUCUUGUGGCUUGCUCAUCGUCGUAUUCCUACCUACAGUGGCCAAUUGUAUAGGGACUUACAUCACAUGCGGACGCAUGUUGUGGACCCUAUCCCGUGACCGUGCCACGCCUUUUUCGGAUACUCUUUCUGUCAUCUCCCCUCGGUGGGGUAACCCUUUUGCGGCCACCGUUGCAUGUCUGAUCGUGACCACUGUGUUAGGCCUGAUCUAUAUUGGUAGCGCUGUAGCCUUCAACGCAUUUGUCGGAUCAUUCAUCAUCCUUUCAUCAGCCUCGUACCUGGCUGCUAUACUUCCCCACCUGCUGAGUGGACGCAAGAACAUCGAAUUCGGGCCCUUCAAGAUGCCAGACAAGCUUGCUGCGGUUCUUAUGCCGAUCGCGUGUGCCUAUAUCGCUUGCUUCAUCGUCAUCUUCUGUUUCCCUUACUCGAUGCCUGUAUCUGCUGAGACGAUGAACUACUCGUCUGCGAUCACCGGCGGGCUCACUUUGAUGAUCGCACUGUUCUACCCCUGGCAGUGCAGAAACGGAUUCACAAGUCCUGUUGAGGUAGUAAGGAGUGCUUCGACAGCCAAUGUUGUCAAGGAUAAUCCAGAGUGA